ACGCUCUCUUGCCUCUCCCAGCCCUCGAACCAUUCAGGUGUUUGUCCUGCGUCUCAAACCCUCUCCUGAAGACCGCGUCUCAAGAGUCUCACCAGCAACACGGCUCGUUAUGGAGCUUCCCUCGUGGAGCCCGUGGAUUCGUGUGCUCUUCAAAAUAACAAAGGUCUCCAUCGUCAUUCGAGCCCACUUCAUAUAUCCAUCCCGCCGGCGUACAGUCAUGCUUCUUGACCUCUGCCAAUGCUCUGCACAGAUACGAGUACACGAUGAAGCUGUCCAGGAUAGCAUUUGCCACUCUCAGCUGUGUUUCCUGUGGUUUCGCCGCGGACCAAGAUGUGCUCACCAUCUUGAAGCAGCAGACCGGGAUUUCCACAUUUAUUGGGCUCCUGGAGCAAUUUGAAGAUCUGGUCGAUAUUUUGAACCAAGGGACAUUCAGUGUCCUCAUUCCCAAUGACCAGGCUCUCGCCACGUUCGGCGAUCAGAAUCCAGACUUGACCAACAACACAGAUGCAGUUCGGGCGCUGCUCGAAUAUCAUAUCGCCAAUGGCACUCACCCAUCUGCUUCGUUCGGCCUACAGCCACUCUUUGUGCCCACCCUCCUGACCAACUCCAACUACACCAAUGUCACAGGUGGCCAAGUGGUGGAAAUCACGGCGGUGAACAAUCAGCCCACCGUUGUGAGCGGAGUGAAGGCAGAAUCUCACGUAGUCCAGGCUGACAUCUUCUAUUUGGGAGGCCUCAUGCACAUUAUCGACUCGGUGCUUACGAUCCCCAUCUCAUUCCCAGCAACCGUUACAAAGACGGGCUUGACGGACCUGGUGGCACUGAUGAGCAUAGGAGGCUUCCUGAGUCCCAGUUCUCCCGCUGUCAAUAUCGUGAACUCACUCUCCGAUCUCACCAUCUUCGCGCCCAAUUCGACAAAAUUCUCAGCCGGGUUCACGGGAUGGGAUGGUCUAUCGCAAACGGACCUCUACUCCAUCUUGGAGUACAGCAUCUCGGAGGGCCCGGUGAUCUACUCGUCCGACUUCAAGAACAACACCAAGAUUCCCACGCUGGACCGAAUCUCGGCGACCAUGACCGAGGUUGAUGGCCAGUUCUAUGUCGACACGUCUCUGAUCAAGACGAGGGACUAUCUCACCUCCAAUGGCGUGUUGCAGAUACUUGACAGUCCUCUCAACCCCAAUACUACGGGACAACAGCCUCUCUCGACCGCUGCCCCGUCUUCCAGUACCGGGUCCAAGGGGCUCAGUACUGCUGCCGGUGCCGGUAUCGGCAUCGGCAUCGGCGCCAUCGUCCUAGGAGGGGCCUUGAUUGUCGCCUUAUACAUUCGAACGAAACGCCGCCGACACCGGGUAGAACUGGCCGGUGGCAACCCGGGAGACCCUCCUCCACGAUACGAACUGGACACCAAAGCAUUGGAUGCGACGAGUGCGAAUAGCAGGAAUGUACCCCGAACUCAAGUCUUCGAGAUCCAUGCUCCGUCCAAGCCGCCCUCUCCUCUCGAGAUUGACGGCAACGAGAGGAGUCGCAUCAGCGUCACCAUCCAAGGCACGCCUCCGCGACACCUCGGGUUCCAGGCUCGCUACUAGCGAGUAUCUCCCCAACAUUGGCGAAAUACCAUCGUCCAUGGCGGACCCCUAAUGACAGUAUGUUCAAGCCUGGCACCGUGUUAGUUGUUGGCUUGCGAUCAUGACCAUUCUUUCACCUCACAUGUUGUUUUCACCUGGCGCUUCGGGCAUGGAGGAGAGAGGAGCCCAGUACCCUGCCUAUGUACCUGUACGAACAAGAUAGAGCGAUGCGUGGGGCCAUUCUCACCUGCUUGUUGACAUUACCUCAGAUACCCUGAUUUCGGAAUAAAAGUUGUCUUUAC